AUCACUAAAUACCAUGACUUCAUUCUCCGAUUCUGGGCAGACAGCGUCGCACAUCAGACUUCGCAUCACCGGACCGGGCAGCGCCGGCUCGUGUUAGUUAGUGCGGGUGUACGUUAUCUCUCCCCGCGGAGAUCGUUUGUUAGUUCAAUUAUUACUGCUCACAUUCGGAGAGGGCAUCUGAUUCCGUAUAGGUCGUGCGUCGUCGACGUUAGAAUAAUAAUUGUACAAUUGUUACGCGCUUCGUCUGGGUUGAGAAAAUUAUGGCAGACUCCAGUGAUAAAAACGGGAACAUAUUUUCGACUGCUGAAGAUCAUAUGUUCGGUUUUCCAGGAUUGGAAGAUCGUUUAAAACGUAUGGCUACCAAAGAAUUGAAGGAAAGUGAGUUUAUUCGGAAACAAUCUUUGGAGCAGAUGCGAGACUGGAUUGCCAAGAACCGGAGGAUCAAGAAUUGCCGAACUGAUGAUCGCUUUUUACUGCGAUUUCUACGAGUCAGAAAGUUCUCGGUAGUGAAAGCGUGUGAAACGCUAGAAAAAUAUUUAGUAAUGCGUCAGACGUAUCCGAAGUGGUGCAAGAAUCUCGAUCCUCUAGAUGAAACCCUCCAAGAGGCGCUGGACUACUGUGCCCUGGUUCCGGUCGGUCGUGACAGCGAAGGUCGAUUAGUGAUCGUGGGAGUCGUUCGUAACUUCGACGCCCAAAAAUACAAGUCAGAACACAUGAUUCGUCUCAGUAUGAUCGUUACGGAGUCGCUCAUCGAUGACGAGGCCAAUCAGAUUGCCGGCUUCACGCACGUGUUCGAUAAUUCCGACAUGACUUUAGCCCAUGUCACCUGUUGGUCUUUGGAGAACGUCUCUGGCUAUCUACGCAGCGUAAUGAACGCCGUUCCGAUCCGAUUGAAGCAGAAUCACUUCGUCAACGUUCCGCCCUUUGCGGCCUGGGUGACCAAAUACUGCAUGUCGGUUGCAAGCGAAAAGCUCAAGUCACGAAUUCAUUGUCAUGCCAGCUUGGGGGAGUUAAAAGAAAACUUCGAUGUGAAGCUGUUGCCACUAGAAUACGGAGGGCAUGUGCCACUGGCUGAGCUGAACGAUCGAUUCAAAAAGUAUUUGCUCGGGAAGCGAGAAAUGCUACUGGCCCUGGAUGAGAUGGAAAUACAGCUGACUGGCCGAACGGAGACGGUAAACGGUGGUGUGGACAUUGUGGAUGCUGGCGCAAUUGGAAGCUUUAGAAAGUUGCAAAUCGAUUGAGGCGAACUACGUUUAGACUUAUUUUGCAUACCUCGCUGCUGUAAUCUUAUCUCUUAUAUUGUGAUAUGUGCAGGGGGACUACACACAGGUUUUGUUUUGAAUCUGAUUGGUUAUCACAGGGUACCACAAAUUUUAGCCAACCACGACGACCGCUUAACUUUAGGUUUAGCGAUAUUUACAUGUAAAUUGAUAGGAAAAGCAAUAAAAUAUUUUAAACACUUCUGACAUAA